AUCAAUGAGGGACCUACUGUCUUUAUCCACCUGUGUUGGAAAGUUCACUACGGUACUGAUAGCAAAUUGUAGGAUCCAAAUAAGGUUUCCAGAUCAUUUUUCCUGUCAGAAUCCUUUAGAACUGUAAAUGUAGCUCUUUACAUAAGUUAGCGCUUUGCCACAAAAAUUUUCUGUCACAAAUUUUCAAUUUUCUGCAGGCUUCGUAAAGUGGAUCCAACAAACUGAAAUCAUAACGAACGUCGGGAAACCAUGCGUCAAGACAAAUAAUUUUCUCCCUUGUAAAUAUGUCAUGUAAAAAUGCAACAAUGAAACUUCGGUGCGAGACCCUACUUCAGAUACCACCGGCCGCCACUGGUUGUCAUAACGGUGAAUUUCCUUACGAACAGCAGUAUUCGAUAACGUCAAUGUGCUCAGUAUUCUCACUCCAGUACACACAUGCUUCCUUGUGUUGCUUGUGAAAAUCUACUGGCAGUGUGAAAUGCUACUCGAGUGUCGCCACUGGAAUUUAUUUUGAAAUGCAAUUUUCGUGACUUCUCUAGAGUAGCAUUAUUUUAGUUGUAUUUGGAAGGCGUGAAAUGACCGGCUAACUGCAAUGAAGUGUUAUCUUUGCGUCUACAGUGUUGUCGUCUGCUGACACUGCUGUGAGUGUUGUUUGUUUUUGUCGGUCGGGUAGACGCGGUAAACAGACAGACUUUUUGAGAGUUAGAAAAAUGUCGGCUAAGCUAAAUGUUCAUUUGCAAGAAGUUCCAAGGACCUUCCCCACUUUUCAAAGGCCUGAGGUAUUAGGUUACUACAGUCUCAACACAGAGCGUCAGUUUUGUGAUGACUUAUCAGAAUUAAAGUAUCUUGUUCCCCACCACAGACGGAAACGAAAACACAACCUUAAUUACAAGAUUGAAGAUAUUGUUAAGAAAGAUGAAGAUGCCAAUGAGAAACUGGACACGAUAUUGCAGUGGAUUCUCCGCAAUGCUCAUAAUUUGAAAGAUGACAGCGGAACUAGGCUACGCACAGAUUUUGUAUGCUUCCGUGGUCUUCUUACUAUGCUAAUUUGUACACCUUAUGAGACAAGAGAUGACUGGAUAAUAUGUGCAACAAAGUGGAAAGGUACAAUUUAUCUGUGUGCUUUUGAAACAGAACAUGCAAAAAGACAGCGUUUGCAGGCCUCUGAACAUCAGAAGAAAUGUAUGGCAUGGGGCAGAAAAUUUGAGCAACAUAUGGCAACAGCACGUCCUGGAGGCUGCCCAGAUAUAGAGCAGCCCAUUAAUGAGAAAGCAGAGUUUUGUGUGGCUUUCCAGUCAAAACUGAAAAAUCAUAGCCUUCUGUACUGUGCAGAAAUGGACUGUGUGAAAACAGAUACUGAGAUAAAAGACCUAAAAGAAUUACAGAAGACUGAAUUUGUGGAAAUAAAGACAAGCAGGAUCAUCACACACCCAGGGCAAUACAGAAGUCUUAAAAGGUUCAAAUUCAUGAAGUGGUGGGCACAAAGCUUUCUGGUGAACAUAAAUUGUAUUAUUUGUGGAUUUCGUAAUGAUGAAGGUAUUGUAGAGGAAGUUCGAGAAUAUAUGGUUCCAGAGCUUGCCAAAACAUCAAAGGAUACAUGGAAUGCAGCAGCUGGUUUAAAUUUUUGUGAAACAUUUCUGGACUUUGUGAAAAAUACCGUAAAGGAGGAAUCCCUUGAAGUUGUGUGGAAGUUUGAUUGGGGUCCAAACAGAGAUGUCUGUGGAGUGAAGCUAACAGGCAUAACUGAUUUUUCCAUUCUUCCCCUAUGGUAUACAGACAACUUGAUCUUGUCUGCUUCAUAACACAAGGAACUGUUCAGAGCUGUACACUGGUGUGAGAGAAUGCAGAUUCCACAUUCGGAACAAAGGAUGUCAAUAUAUGUUGCUAUUAACUUCCUGGACCACCUGCAAUAACAACAGUGCACACAAAAUAUAUUCAGCAUAGACAACACUGCAUAUUUUGAUGUCUGUGAAGGUCGCACACUGGACUUACAGCGGUGGAUCACUUAGCGGUGCAAAUAUGAAUAGUACUUAAGUUUGCAGUCCAUUGUGAACAAGUCUACAUUGUUUAUUUUGUGGUUGGAAUUGACAUAUAUUUUGUAAAUAUUGACAGUGUGCUUUAACAUACAAUAUCUAAUGUAAUUUUAGUAGCUGUGGCAUUCUUUUUUCUUGCACUGUUCUAUAUGGCUAAUUGUUUUGGCCGUAUUUUAUCAGAUCUUUUGGUAAUUGUAUCGGUUCUCCUUUGACACACACAUCCAUAUGUUAUUGCAUAUGGAGAUGGGAGUGAGCUCCCUUAAAUGCAUUAUAGUCAGUCGUGUAAUAAAACUGAGACUGAUCACAGAAAAGGUAAUUUUUAUGUCAUAUUUUCAGUCACAAGCUUGGCUGCUCCAGCUCAACAAACAAAAUACCUGAAGCAUAGUUUUAGAAGAUUUUGGAUUAUGAAAACAGCAGGUCUUCUGCUUGCAUUUGUUAUGCAAUAACUUUGAUAAUUUUAUUGUACUGUGUGAAAAUGGACCACACUAAAAUGUUGAAAACAGUUUUGUAAUAACUAUGAGUGUGAGUGAUUAUGUUAUACAGUAAUAAAGGCUUCCAUACUAGUGACAACAAAGUGUUAAAC